UGCGAUCUUCGUGCUUUGAGAACACACACUUUCAAGAUGGCUAAGAAAGAUCUCAGUGUCAUCGUUGUCGGUGGAGGAUUCGGUGGACUUGCUAGUGCGAUUGAGCUCACGAGACAUGGAUUCAAAGCUCAUGUUUUUGAGGCCUCUCCGGAUCUCACCAGGCAGGGUAGGUCGACGUCGAAAGGAAUGUGACUCGGGUCACUGAUUCCGGCUCUAGGCGAUGUUAUCAUGCUGGGCUCGAAC